GAUAUAUUGUAACACCGGAAGUAAAACAGCUUUAUAUGAUGUCAUGAAAGUUGCGCCAGUUGCCUUUGCCUUUUUAAAAAAGAUCAUUAUUCUCUUAAAUUAUUUAGAUUACAUAUACUCCGCGUAUACUGUGACUUAUCUGACCAUCAAGACCAGCUCUUUGAAUGUUUAGAAUCCAGAGACUUUUGUCGCUGAAUUUGCCUGUAAAUGGAAAGUGAAAUACACACCGAGUGGAGUUCGGCUUUAGAUGAAGACUUGCUUCAGGACCCAGUUUCUGCAGUGAUUCCGCCGGUUCCUUCACUGUGGAGCUCAUCAGCAGCCGGGCCCUGGUCCACUGAGAGCAGCUUCCCAACAGUAUUCAACCAGUAUGCUGAAGAGCAAGAUUACAGCACUUUUACACCCAGCAAUGAAACACAGAGCCAAACCGUACAGACUGAAGAAUGGACAGAGGAGAGAUCUGCAAACACAAACGAGGACUGGGAAUCAGAUAUUCAUGCUUUAGAAGACUGCAGUAUUGAGUUGAAUGAGCAGUAUGAGGCUCUUGCGAAGCAGCAUGCAGCAGAGGAGGAGCACCACAAUAUUUGUGUCCACAGUCUGGAAAAAACAAGAGAUGACAGAAAUCAUCAGUACCAGGGUUUUAUUGAAAAAAUUGAGUCUUUGCAAAUUAAAUUGGAGCUGAAUAGCAGCAAGACAACGAGGAAAAACUUUACGGUAAAACGGCAGGAGCUUACUGCAGAGAAAGAUCGAAUGGAAGAGGAGAAAACAAGAUUGGCUCAGGAUCUGGAGGACACAGAAAAGAAACUCAAGAUGCUGAUUGAAGAACAGAGUCAAGAGAAGUUCUCCUGGGAGCAGGAAAUAGCUGACUUGAGGGUGGAAAUGGAGACGCUGUGCAGACAGGCAGAGCAAGCCAGUCAGACCGUUCUUCAGGAUGAGAUAGCUGCACUUGAGAUGCAGAAAGAGCUUGCGCUUUCUCAAGUGGAGGACUGGAUUGCAGACGCUGAAAAAUAUCUUAAUUUUCUCAGAUUAAAUCCUUCGCAGCAGCACCUGCACCAGCAGCAGAAAUGGGAGCACAAUGUGGCAAUGGUCCGCGGGAGCUUGGUAGGACUAAAGAAUAAGUUUAAUGAAAACCAUCAACUUCUGCAGAGAGGUGAACAGUUGGACAGUUUGCCCUCAGUCCCACUCCCAUUACUUCCAGCAGUGCCUACAUUGGAGAUGAUAAUCAGUUCACUUCAGAAUCCUGCUUCUCAUCCCAUUUUCAACAGUGGUCCAUCAACUACCACAAAUUCUCCUCCCAUAGUUCAUCCCCAAUUCCACCCCUCAGUCACACCACCACCACCACAAAGAGCCACACCGCCAAUUUCAGCCCCGUCUCCUCAAAACACACCAUAUGUACCCAUCAGUAUAGGCCCACAAUCUGCGCACCUCACAAACAUGUAUCCCCCUAUGACAACUCAUGCACCUGCCCCUCAAAUACCCAUGCAAACUAUCUGCCGGCCUCAAACGUCAUCCCAUGCUCCCGUCACGCCAGCCCCACAUAUCCUUCCAGGUGCCUCCCUUGCACCCUCAGUUGCUCACGGAGCCAGUUUUCAUCCCCAAGCUGCAGUGCGCCUUCCCCAAACGUUCAUGCAAACCGCGUCUACGCGUAACUCCUCUCCCCAGCCCCUCCCCUCCAAUUCUGCACCGGCAGGCAAACUGGACAAGCUUCUGGAGAGACUGGGCUCACAUUUCCCACAAUGCACAAGAGAUCAGUUAACACGUGUUCUACAGCAAAUCAAGAGUGAGCGUGGUACUAUGGCUGGCAUGUCGAUGGAUGAUGUUACUCAGCAGGUUGCACAGAGACUUGCGCAGAACCAAAGACCGCCACCAGGACCUAUAGCACCUCCGUCUGGAGCUAGAGCCUUUCCUGCUUCAGUCGGUCCGAUCCAGCGUCCCGUAGCCCAGCCACCGCAUCCCAUGCGGCCUCAUUUCCGUCCCCCGGUCGCUCAGGUUUUCCACACAAGACCCCCGCAGUCCUCUAUGCGGAAAUUUUGUUUGAUGUGUCAAAAUCCUGUGGAUACUGGAAGCCAGUACAACACAAACUGCUCCCAUACAAUGCACAGAGAAUGUGUCAGCGUUUGGCUCAAGACCAGUAAGAAUAACUCCUGUCCUUUCUGCCCAUCUAAAUGAGGACUGAGAACACUCUGAGCUUUUACCUGCAAAAUUGAGUGGAAUGAUUAUUUUAAUAGUUAUAAGUCACUUGUGAAUUUUUUAUAAUUCCAUACAUAAUUCCAUAAUAACUAUCUGGUUAAUGUUAUAAAAUAAAUUUGAUCCAUUACUGGUCA